GUUGUGAAUCAUCAGAUUGAACGCCUCGUCUCACAAGGUGCACAAAGUUUCAGCGGCAUUGAACAUAAACUCGAUUAGGACUCUUUGAUAAAAGGAUGUCGACUCAUCUUCUUUUGGGGAUUUUUCUUGGACUUUGGGCCAUGGUCUAUUCCACCCCGGUGAAUUCUGCGACCCAAAUUCCCAUCAAAUCUGAGGAAGACGUUCUCCGAGAGGCUAUGACGGAUGGCUUCCUUGUUGAACAAUUUUUACCUCCGUCACUCAAAUCCGAACCGCUUCAAAAAAACUCCCCCAUUCAACAGUCCAACCAAACAUCCUCUGGCAGAGAAGAAAGUCGUAAUCAAUCUCCGUUGGUGGAGAUCAUAGAAGAAGGCAGCGCAUCAGGUGACACGCUCUUCCAGCCCAGGGAUGAAGAUUAUUCAACCACAAGUGAAAGAAACUUGUCAAGUUCCAACUCAUCGACCACCUUAAGUCCUACCUCUGACUGGCCGUCCUCAUCAGAGUCAAAUGCAACCCAGUCAAGUCACAUCACAGAGCCCACUGUGCCCUCUCAAACUGAUGAUCCUGAGAGUUUUUAUUCAGGGUCCGGGAAUGGCGAGAUCCUCGACCACUAUCCCACGACAAAAGCCAGUAAGACCUAUACUGGAAGUUUCAGUACCAUCGGACGGGAGGAUCCAGAAGAUGAAGAUUUGGAGUCCGGAUCAGGAUUUGGAAUGCCAAAGGAUAAAGGAAAACCCAGAAUGUUUGAAUUUCCAUCUGUACAAGGUGGUGAAUUUUACCAUGUACCAGAGACUGAUGAUUCUGCGAAAACAGAGCAACACAAAGGGCAUGUGACACCAGAUUGGGUCAUCAUCUUGGGUUUCGUUGUUGGCGUGGCAGCACUCGUGAUGCUUUGUGCCGCUAUCGCUACAAGAGACAAGUGGAACGGUCCCAGGCAAGCAUCGAGUCCACAAACCGGAGUUGACUCCUCACAGCAGCAGAACACAGAGAACGAAUCGUUCCUGCAAAAAGAUACACCCAGGGAAAACGGAAAGGUGGUGGAGUACACGGUUAUACCGUUGGAUGAGCUUCCAGAGAAAUAUUCAGACUGAGACAACCAUUUUAUUUCAAGAAGGUGCCGCCAUGCCACCUGAGAUGCUGGACGAAAAAGAUUCUGAACAUUCUUGCAAUUUUAUAUUCCGAGACAUAUUUGUCGCCCUGGUGCCAUUCAUGAAUACUUGUCAGUCCUUAUUUCUAAUUACUUAGCACCAUCAACUCUUUUUUUUUUAACCACUGAAAUCUGGUAAAUGAACCCGUUAAAUGUGUUUCUUCCAUCCCGCCACAUAUUUCUGAGGAAUAUUCAAAGGAAUGUUAAUUAUUUGUCUUUGUAUAGGAUUUUUUUGAAAAAGCCAAUCUUUGAUCAGAGUGUACUUUGUAAUUAGGUUUUUAUGACAUUAUAUUUGUACAUUUUUGUAAUUAUUGUAUAUAUAUGAGUAAUUUAUGAGAUGCUGUUCUGUUGACCUCCCCAAGUAAUCAGUUAUGAAAGAAAUGAAUAUACUUUUUUGUUUUAAUAGCUUUUCGGAUGUUGCUAUUCUGUAUCAUAUGAAACAAGCUUUGUGAAAUAAGCCCACCAACAACUCAUCAAUAAUUUAUUUGUAUCAUUUGAUAUUUUCAAACACAUAUUAAAACAUUAUACACAC